AUGACGCCCCAGAGUCUGGAUACUCUUCCUUUCGAUGUCUUCUAUCAAAUCGCCACGUCGCUGGACGACCGUGACUUUAUCAAUCUCAGCCGCACCAAUCGCGCCCUGCGCGCACUAACGCAAAGCGAGCAGAUCGCCCGCAAAACUGUUGAGAAUGUUUUACUCUACAGCAAAGAAGGUCAGGCUGCUGUUGCUGCCCAGUCUGGUUAUCGCAAGGCUGUCGGUCACCGCUUUGAUAUUCACGAGGCUGUCGCCACGGCAAACCCCUACUCUGUCGCGGUGUUAGGCUAUGCCGCCGACUUUCUUUAUAAUCAAGGCAUCCUUUGUUAUCGCUGGCAAGAGGAGAUUCGUCUGUUGGACGUGCAUGGGGACAAGCGUGCUGAGCGCGUGAUUUACCUCCCCGUCAUCGGGGAACGCUUCAAUGUCAGCCCGACCAACUCAUCACCCGGUAGUCGGGUCACGCUGGUCGCUUAUAGUGAUGACAUUCUUGUUUUUCGGGAGACUGGUGUGACUGCGACCGAGGAUAUACUGUGGGCGAUCAAUACGGUCCGGAGUACACAGAGCUUCGUCAACCGCCAGCUGUUGUCACAGCCCAUUCCAGCUGGGGCGCCUCUCUUUGUGCGUCAUACCCGAUCUUACAUCUGGUUUGGCACAUUUACGGCUGCGGAUGGCUCGGAUGGAGUGUGGUCAGUGACAGGCUUGGAUUUCCUCACCGGCCUUCACAUUGGGUUUCCGCUCGAUCGGGUUGUCGACGGGGAUCUGGGACAAACAUUGUGUUUUGAGAUGUAUCAAGACCACCUCUACGCGGUGUCAACUCAAGUUGCUUCCGACGACAAUGAGGUCCAUUCCUCUUUCUAUCAUUGGUUUUGUCAUGCCCCUCGUGAAGCUGGCCGCAAAUGGAACGGUCGCUUCUGGCGUCGUGAGCAUCAAGAAGGUCCUAUCAACGAGAUGUGGACUGACCUGUCUAUCCGCACCGACGAAAUGACGGGACGACCGGUGAUCUUGGAAUGUCGUCGGGAAUGGCGACAUGGAGGGAGUGAAAACCACCGAACCUACUAUACCCAACGACUGCCCACUCCUGAGGAGGCUUUGGCACCUCUGUCAGAAGGGGCGAUUGAAACCCCUUCCUGGGUCUCCAUGGACGAUGACCUCGAUGAUGAUCAUCCCUACGAUGAGCGACCUGCCAAGCGGUUACGCCGCGACUAUCACGCCGAGUACGAGAGUGGCUCGGAUGAGAAGAAGCGACAAGAAUUCAUUGCCGUACGGACAAAGCACCGAAACUACCACCUUGGUGCAUCUACCUUUAUUGAUCUUGUCAACGACCCUGCUCCUAUUGGUGACAGUGUGCGGUCUCGAGACCGACUCCGCCUGCGCACAGUAUCAAGAAAGCGCAAAUCCCCCAUUGACGAAGAAGGAAUUGAAGGUCCUCGCAAUACAUUAUUCCAGCCGACACAGAUGGACCAAGAUGGUCGUCCUACUGAAGCUUCUGAAGAACGCUUCGAGUGUCGUGGUGUACACCUGUGGCCUCCAGACAACGCUCCGCCUGCUCUACACCAUCUUCUCUGCCCAGAUGCACGGACUUCAUUCGUGAAGGGAAUUUCAGAUGAGCGUUCCUUGAUAUAUUCCGUUUCUGCUCGGGGACUACCACCAGACCACCAAGCUCUCAUUCUCAUCAGUUUCGACCCUCAACUCUACAUCCCUGCACUUCAAACUCUUUCUCCGGGCGAAGAGGCCGACUCACGAGACAUCUAUGACGUGAGACCCCAGUCGCCGAAUCAUUAUGACAAGGAUGCUAUACAAGAGGCGCAGCCUUUCUUCCUUCCCAUUCGACGUGGCUAUUGGCUCCGUUAA